AUGUGGUCCGAUAUGAUUCACUGGAUGAAAGAUUUUGGUUCUGACACAAUUGUGGAGGAAUUUGAUUUCAAGGAGGGAGAGAAAGUCCUUAACUACUAUCCACAAGGGCAUCAUGGAGUUGACAAGGAAGGGAGGCUUAUUUAUAUCGAAAGACUUGGACUGGUAGAUGAAACUAAGCUUUUGCAAGCCACAACAAUGGACCGCUACGUUCAGUAUCGCGUCCAGGAGUUCGAAAUGACAUUUAUUGAUAAGUUUCCAGCCUGCUCCAUCGCAGCUAAAAAGUACAUGGACCAGAGCACAACCAUUUUUUACGUACAAGGAGUGGUUUGUGAGGCUGUUUAUUGCAAUUUAACAUUUGGGUAUUAUUACUUUGCUUGUGAUAAAUUCAACAAUUAG